GAAGAGUUUGUCAAGGUGCUCGAAACGGUAGAGAAUUGGUCCGACUGCAAGGGUCCAUGCGUGGAGAAGUGAGGUGUCUGCAUGUGGUAUAAAGGUGAGUGCGUCAUCCAUUAGAGUUUGUUUCAUCAUAGCAUUUCACCUCAUAACUCGUCUCAUAUCAACACGGACUCAUACCUUUCGCUCAACACCCAUCUCAACAAACUUAUACCCUUUCACUCAUUUUCCAUCCCAACACACAUCCACAGAUACCCAAUUCAUUCACAAUGGCUCCCAAGGUUCUCGUCGUUCUCACCAGCCAGUCCAAGAUGAACAAUGGACAUCCUACCGGCUGGUACCUGCCCGAACUUGCCCACCCCUACUAUGACCUCGUCAACAACGGCGUCGAGAUCACCGUCGCAUCUCCCGCCGGCGGCGAAGCACCCCUCGACCAAGCCUCCGUCGAGAUGUUCAAGGGCGACGAGGAGUCCGUAAAGUUCCUCAACGAGAAGAAGCAGCUCUGGCAACAAACCACACCCCUCAAGGACUUCCUCGGCAAGGCCUCCGACUUCGACGCCAUCUUCUACCCCGGCGGCCACGGCCCCAUGUUCGACCUCGUCAACGACGAGACCUCCAUCAAGCUCAUCGAGGAGUUCUACAAGGCCGGCAAGCCCGUCGCCGCAGUGUGCCACGGCCCCAUCGUCUUUGUCAACGUCAAGGUCGACGGCAAGCCUCUCCUCGAGGGCCGCGAGGCCACCGGUUUCAGCAAUUCCGAGGAGGAGGCCGUUAAGCUGACCAGCGCCAUGCCCGUUCUCCUCGAGGAUGAGAUCAAGCGUGUUGGUGGCAAGUACGUCAAGGCUGACGACUGGGCUGAGAAGCUUGCUGUCGAUGGACAGGUUAUCACUGGACAGAACCCUGCUUCUGCCCAUGCUGUUGGAAAGGCCAUCCUCAAGGCCAUUGGCGCUUAAAUAGAUCAUGAUACCACGUUAAUGCGAUGAGAUAAUGUCCAAAGUUGACAUACUGUACCUUGUUUUUCCCUCCGGGGGCUCCUAGCGGAGGGCUCUUCCUCGCUGCGCUCGAGUGGACUGAUAGUGUAUUGGAUACGUGAAUGCCGGAGUUGAGAUUUAGGUGUUGUUGAUACUAUGUGAGGCAAGAAAACUCAGUAUUUUGUCGCUUAGAGACAGGGUUCUGAAGUAAAUCGAGCCUAAGCUCCAGGGUCUGUUCGAUGAGAUCAGUUAAACAUGUUCUAAAGUGAUAAGUCCCUGCACCUGAUUGCACUCAUCUCACAGACGAACAACCCUUCUCACUAACUUCUCUCCUUAUGGGAACAUGUCAAUACUCAGAAUAGGCAAUACUUUACUGUCAUUACAUUACUAUUUAGUCCUUCUUGAAAACCUUCUCAAACCCAGUCAAGCACAUCCCUUCUCCGAGAUAUCAAUCGUCUCGACCCAAGCAACAAUGUUCUUCUCAGCGGCCAGCUUGAGCAUAGCGUCCAUCUCCUGGUGGUUACCAAGAUGGCUUCCCGUGAUCUUGCCAGCGUUUCCAGCAAAUGUACCGGCAGUCACCUGAGGAAGCGGCUCAUCAGGAAUGCCACAAUUGUGAAACUCGCCUCCAAUGUUGAGCGUGGACAUGUAAGCGUUCAUAUCGAACUUGUGUGUCAUGUCGGCGCAGUUGAGGAUAAAGUCGAACGUGAACUUGUACUUGUCGGCCCAGUUCUCAUCCGUUGUGAGGAUAACUUCCUUUGCGCCGAGCUUCUUUGCAUCCUCCACCUUUGAGGGGGAGUGUGUCAUGGCGUAGACCUCAGCGCCGAGUGCCUUUGCCCAUUGGAUACCCAUGUGUCCGAGACCGCCGAUACCAACGAUGGCAACAGUCUUUCCAGGACCGACGUUUGCUCUCACAAGGGGCGAGUAAGUGGUGAUACCCGCACACAGAAGAGGUGCAACCUGCUCAGACUUGAGGGCGUCAGGGAUCUUGAAGGUGAAGUACUCGUGAGCACGGAUAUGCGAUGCAAAACCACCAUGCGCAACACUUCCAUCCGGAUAAGUGCAGUUAUAAGUGUCCACCAU